AUGUCCGACAUCACUCAGGAUACGCUGUUGCAGCGUCUUUCAGAAUUUCUGACCACCUAUGGUCCCCUUCCAGCCGAUAUAGACUUCGGCGAAGAACUCACGGAAGCUCAUGGUCUUAUUGCUGAGUGUUUGGAGGCUCUCACCAAGCCUCUUGACACCCCCGCGCCACUAGAACCCGUUAUCGAUACGGCUCAAGAAGAGGUCAUUGCCGGCCUCACCAUAGAACUAGAAGCAGCCAACGAAAAGGCUGCCGAUUUUUGGCAAACCUUGUGCGAUAACCAGGAAGAUUCUACCGAGAUCAUCCGAGGUCGCGACGAGGUUAUCGUUGCUCUGAAAAUUGAGCUGGAGGAAUCGAAGGCUGAAGAAGAAGAGCUUCGGUUCCGUCUGGCACUACAUCAAGAAAGUCUCGCCAUCGCUGACGAGAACCUUGCUGAUGUUGAAGAUGAGAUUCUUCACAUCACCUCUGUUGCAAAGGCCUGGGAGGCCCAAGCCAAUGCCACUAUCGCUGACCUUCGUUCUCGUAUCUCCGUUUCCACCGCUACAGUUAAACCUCGCCAUGUCUCCAAGUCUCGCUAUCUGUCCCCUCGCUCUCAGGAUCCCCGUACCAUUACCCCUUUGGUAAAAAAUGGCAAACCAAAGGGGCCAGCCCCGCCACCUGUUUCUGUUCUCCCUGCUGCUGCUGUGUCUGAGGAUGAGAUGUCCGAAGACUCUCUUGUUGUUACCUGUUCGGUCUCUCAGAAUUCCGACUCCUUCAUUCCCACCUACGCUCUCAUUGAUACUGGAGCAUCAGGAUAUGCUUUUAUCGAUGAAUCUUUCGUACGUCACAAUAAUCUUGCAAUGACCCCUCUUAGGAAACCUCGCCAGGUAGAUGUUAUGGAUGGAAGACCUAUCCAGUCAGGAGAAAUUACCCACAUUGUCGAUGUUUCACUAGAUAUUCAUGGCCAUCGAGAAAUUGCUUCAUGUUUCGUUACAAAGUUGGGACAUUAUCCGAUCGUGAUGGGAAUACCGUGGAUGCGACGGCACGAUGUCACCAUUCGGCCAAAGGAUAAUCUACUUGUUUUUGAUUCUCGGGACUGUGUUAAACACUGUUCACUCAAUGGAACUGCAGUCACUGUCCAUGGAAUAUCGAUCCCUCUACCAGAACAUCAUACUAUUAUCGUUUCAGCAGUUGAGAAAUCCACCGUCAACGUCAAGCAACUAGUACCAAAGGAGUUCCACCAUCGUCUCCACAUGUUCCAAGAAUAUGAUGCUUCUGUCCUGCCGCCACAUCGACCGUCCCAUGAUAUUGAGAUCGUAUUGGAGGAAGGUAAACGACCUCCAUAUGGACCAAUAUACGGCCUGUCCCAGAUUGAAUUAAAAGCGCUACGGGAAUACCUCGAUGAAAAUCUACCAAAGGGAUUUAUCAGAGCUAGUGAAUCACCGGCAGGAGCACCUAUACUAUUCGUAAAGAAAAGUGAUGGGACUCUCCGGCUAUGUGUGGAUUACCGAGGCCUCAAUGCGAUCACGGUCAAAAAUCGGUAUCCGUUACCACUGUUAAAGGAAACUUUGGCUAAACUUUCGAAGGCACAGUACUAUACCAAGUUGGAUCUACGUUGGGGAUAUAAUCAGAUCAGUGUAACGGCAGCUAGACGGGUUGGCUAUGAUACGCUGUUACAGCGUCUUUCAGAAUUUCUGAUCACCUAUGGUCCUCUUCCAGCCGAUAUAGACUUCGGCGAAGAACUUACCGAGGCUCAUGGUCUUAUUGCUGAGUGUUUGGAGGCUCUCAACAAGCCUCUCGACACCCCCACGCCACCAGAACCCAUUAUUGAUACGGCCCAGGAAGAGGUUAUUACCAGCCUCACCAUAGAACUAGAAGCAGCCAACGAAAAGGCUGCCGAUUUUUGGCAAACCUUGUGCGAUAACCAGGAAGGUUCUACCGAGAUCAUCCGAGGUCGCGACGAGGUUAUCGUUGCUUUGAAGAUUGAGCUGGAGGAGUCUAAAGCCGAAGAGGAGGAGCUUCGGUAUCGUCUGGCAUUACAUCAGGAAAACCUCGCCAUCACUGACGAAAACCUCGCUAAUGCUGAAGAUGAAAUUCUUCACAUUACCUCUGUUGCAAAGGCCUGGGAGGCCCAAGCCAAUGCCACCAUCGCUGACCUUCGUUCUCGUAUCUCCGUUUCUACCGCUACAGUUAAAUCUCGCCAUGUCUCCAAGCCUCGUUACCUGACUCCUCGCACCCAAGAUCCCCGUUCCAUUAGCAAUUGGCGAGAAAGGCCACUUGAAAAUGGAUCCUCAAAGCCGGCGUUAAAAGCCCCGCCACCUGUUUCUGUUCUCCCUGUUGCUGCUGUGUCUGAAGAUAAGAUGUCCGAAGACUCUCUUGUUGUUACCUGUUCGGUCUCUCAGAAUCCCGACUCUUUCGUUUCCACCUACGCUCUUAUUGAUACUGGAGCAUCAGGAUAUGCUUUUAUCGAUGAAUCUUUCGCACGCAACAACAAUCUUGCAAUGACCCCCCUUAAGAAAUCUCGCCUGGUAGAUGUUAUGGAUGGAAGACCUAUCCAGUCAGGAGAAAUUACCCACGUUGUCAAUGUUUCACUAGAUAUUCAUGGUCACCGAGAAAUUGCCUCAUGUUUCGUUACAAAGUUGGGACAUUAUCCGAUCGUAAUGGGAAUACCGUGGAUGCGACGUCACGAUGUCACCAUUCGGCCAAAGGAUAAUCUACUUGUUUUUGAUUCUCAGGACUGUCUUAAACACUGUUCACUCAGUGGAACUGCAGUUACUGUUCAUGGCGUAUCGAUUCCCUUACCAGAAUAUCAUACUGUUGUCGUUUCAGCAGCUGAUAAAUCCACUACCAACGUCAAGCAACUAGUACCAAAGGAGUUCCACCAUCGUCUCCAUAUGUUCCAAGAAUAUGACGCUUCUGUCCUGCCGCCACAUCGACCGUCCCAUGACAUUGAAAUAAUUUUGGAAGAGGGUAAACGAGUACCGUAUGGACCCAUCUAUGGCCUGUCGCAGACUGAAUUAAAAGCACUACGGGAAUACCUUGAUGAAAAUCUACCUAAGGGAUUUAUUCGGGCCAGUGAGUCACCAGCGGGAGCACCCAUACUGUUCGUAAAGAAAAGUGAUGGGACUCUCCGGCUCUGUGUAGAUUAUCGAGGUCUCAAUGCAAUCACGGUCAAAAAUCGGUAUCCGUUACCAUUGUUAAAGGAAACCCUGGCCAAGUUAUCAAGAGCGCAAUACUACACCAAGCUGGAUCUACGUUGGGGAUAUAACCAAAUCAGGGUAGCCGAGGGAGACGAAUGGAAGACGGCGUUCAGGACUCGUUAUGGACAUUUCGAGUAUACUGUAAUGCCGUUUGGAUUAGCGAAUGCCCCUGCCACAUUUCAACACUGGAUCAAUGAUAUUCUACGUCCUUACCUCGAUCAAUUUGUAACGGCAUAUCUCGAUGAUAUCCUGAUCUAUUCGGAGACUCUGUCGGAGCACAAAGAGCAUAUUCAGAAGGUUCUGAAGGUACUUGAUGAGAAUCAUGUUCACCUUAAACCUGAGAAAUGCGAGUUUAUGGUUCAGGAAACAAAGUAUCUCGGCCUGAUUCUCACCCCGGAUGGGAAUCGAAUGGAUCCGAAGAAAGUUGUCGAUGUUUUGGAGUGGUCUACACCAAGGAACCUUCAUGAUGUUCAGGUAUUUUUGGGAUUCGCUAAUUUCUAUCGACGGUUUAUCCUAGGAUACUCAAAGAUUGUUGCUCCACUUACGGCUUUGACGAAGAAAAAUGUUAAGUUCGAAUGGACGGAUGAAAGGGAGGAAGCAUUCCAGACAUUGAAAAAGAUGUUUACAACGGCACCCAUACUAGCGCACUUUGAUCCGAAUCGGAAAAUCGUAGUAGAAACCGAUGCAUCCGACUAUGUUUCUGCUGCAAUCCUGUCCCAACGUGAUGAUGAAGGAAUUUUACAUCCAGUUGCUUUCUUCUCAAAGAAGCAUUCCCCUGCGGAAUGCAACUACGAAAUCUAUGACAAAGAACUUCUGGCAAUUGUACGAUGUUUUGAGGAGUGGCGACAUCAUUUGGAAGGGGCACAAUUUCCAAUCGAAGUCCUCAGCGAUCAUAGGAACCUCGAAUAUUUCAUGUCAACAAAGCUAUUAAACCGUCGACAAGCCCGUUGGUCGGAAUUUCUUUCACGUUUUGAUUUCGUCAUUCAAUUUAGACCAGGGAAACAAGGGGCAAAGCCGGAUGCAUUGACUAGGAGGUCGGGUGACCUACCUAAGGAGGGGGAUGAACGGUUGAUGCAUCAAAGCCAGGUGGUUUUGAAGCGAAAAAAUUUGGAUUUAAAGCUAAGUUUGUUCGCGGGUUCUUUUUCAAAUGAAUCCGCUGAAGGAAUGUCCACUGUAGAAGAGUUGUUUUUAAAUGCUUACCAAGUUGACAGUUUCCCGAACAAAGUACUCGCGAUGCUUCGGAACGGCAUCCGUCACUCGAAUAAGAUCUCGCUUGCCGAAUGUACGGAAGACAACAACGGUCGGCUACUUUACCGUGGUGUACUCUAUGUACCCGACGACAAUGAUCUUCGGCUAAGACUUCUAAAAGAGUAUCAUGACAAACCAUCGGCAGGUCAUCCAGGCAGAGCGAAGACUUUGGAACUCCUGAAUCGAGAGUAUUACUGGCCACAAAUGCGGAAGUAUAUCGAUCAGUAUGUUCGGAACUGCAAUGUGUGUGCCCGUAGCAAGGUGCCACGCAAUGCACCCUAUGGAGUACUCCGGCCGAUGCCAAUACCCGAUGGACCAUGGACGGAUGUGUCAAUGGACUUUGUUACCGACCUCCCAGAGAGCGAUGGAUACAAUGCAAUCUUGGUCGUGGUGGAUAGGUUAACUAAGAUGCGACACCUAAUACCAACAACAAAGGAGGCGGACUCAAGGGAAGUAGCGAGACUGUAUAUUGACAAUGUUUGGAAGUUACAUGGGUUACCUGAAACUAUGGUAUCUGAUCGAGGAACACAAUUUGUUGCGGAAUUCUGGAGGUCCCUUUGCGAUCGUUUGGAAAUAUCGCCAAAGUUCUCUACAGCGUUUCACCCCCAGACGGAUGGACAAACGGAAAGGAUCAAUGCUGUGAUGGAACAAUACCUUCGAAGUUAUGUUUCUUAUCAACAGGACGACUGGGUUCGAUGGUUGCCAAUGGCCGAGUUUGCAACAAAUAACCAUGCUUCUGAAACAACGAGAAUCUCUCCAUUUUACGCCAACUCAGGAAGGAAUCCAAGAAUGACUUUUGGUCCUUUGGAACAUGGUAGGACGACAGCGGAAGACCAAGCGAAUACCAUUGCACGAGAGAUGAAGGAUAUACUAGACGUUUUACGAGCUGAAUUGUUCCGAGCGCAAAGGAUUCAAGAGGAGUCGGCCAAUAUAAGUCGGACUCCAGCGCCUCACUAUCGGAUGGGGGAUAAAGUUUUUCUAUCGACCCGCCAUGUCCUCACCAAACGACCCUCGAAGAAACUUGAUUGGAAACGCAUUGGACCAUAUGUCGUGAAGCGGAUCGUUAGUCCUUAUGCCUAUGAGUUGGAACUCCCUCGUUCUAUGAAAGUUCAUCCCAUAUUCCAUGUCUCUUUACUGUCGUCUGCAGCAAACGAUCCUUUACCAGGACAACAACAGUUACCACCACCGCCGGUUGAAGUUGAAGGACAGGAGGAGUGGGAAGUCGAGGAUAUUUUAAAUUCCAGGGAUCAUCGGGGAAGAUUUGAAUACUUGGUUAAGUAUGUCGGUUAUGAUGAAGCUUCGUGGCAGCCAUUGUCGGAUGUCGAACAUUCGCCCGAUAUUGUUAAACGAUUUCACGAACGAUAUCCACAGAAGCCUAAGCCUACCAGGAGGUAG